AUGUCUACGUCCAACGCUAAUUUCAAAAACAAAUGUGUGAGCCAAGUCAACUGCAUCUUCUGCGACAGUCUGCUCUGUACGAGAGGGAUGAAGGCUGUGCUCCUCGCAGACACCGAAGUGGAGCUGUUUUCCACCGAUAUUCCUCCGAACAGAACUGUUGACUUUGUGGCCAGCUGCUACUCCACUGAAAGCUGUAAAUGCAAGCUGCGAGACAUCGCCUGCCUCAAGUGUGGGAAUGUUGUGGGCUAUCACGUGGUGGCCCCCUGUAAGCCCUGCCUGCUCUCCUGCAACAACGGACACUUCUGGAUGUUCAACAGCGACGCCGUUUCCACCCUCAACAGACUGGACGCAACAGGCCUCAACCUGCUGCUGUGGGGCGACCUCCCGGAGCUCGAGGACAGCGACGACGAAGAAUCGGAAUCUCCAUCAGAGGAAGAGUGCAUCAGGUAA